AUGCAAGAAUUUUCUAAGGAAAUGGGUUUCAAAUUGUUAACAUCUACGCCAUAUUACGCUCAGGCCAAUGGUCAGGUCAAAGUAGCAAAUAAAGUGGUAAUUGGUUUGAUCAAGAAACAUGUAGGGAAGAAACUUAGAAACUGGCACAAAACUUUAGAUCAGAUUUUAUGGGUAUGUCGGACUUCGCCCAAAGAAGCCACUAAUUCGACCCCAUUUCGACUGACCUUUGGUCAUGAUGCAGUCUUACUAGUAGAAGUUUACCUGCAAUCAACAAGGAUUCAGAGGCAUCAUGAAAUUCCAUCAGAAUCAUAUUGGAACAUGAUGCUAGAUGAGUUAGUCGAUCUAGAUGAAGAGAGACUAAAGGCCUUGGAAUUAUUGAAAAGGCAGAAGAACAGAGUAGAGAACUCUUAUAAUAAGAAGGUUAAAAUUAAGGAAUUUUUGCCUUAA